AGAAUAUAUGCAUGCGUACCUAUAGCACUGUGUGUGUCAGCAUGGAGCAUAGAGCCUCCAUGUACUGUGCAGCAGUCCAGUGCAGAUACCUCCUCAUGUUGCUGAGCAUGUGCCUAAGGACUCUGGCCACCACAGACAAGCCGGACCUUCAACAGACACAACCGCAGGCACCGCAGCCGCCACAGGAGUUUGCCCACUCCAUCCGGCUGGACGGCGACAUCAUCCUGGGGGGUCUCUUCCCGGUGCACGCCCGCGGCGAGCCGGGCUCGGGGUCGGCGUGCGGCGAGCUGAAGAAGGAGAAGGGCAUCCACCGUCUGGAGGCCAUGAUGUUCGCCAUCGACCUGGUCAACAAGGACCCCGAGCUGCUGCCCAACGUCACGCUGGGCGCCCUCAUCCUGGACACGUGCUCGCGGGACACCUACGCCCUGGAGCAGUCGCUGGCCUUCGUGCAGGCGCUCAUCGAGAGGGACUCGUCCGACGUGCACUGCGCCAACGGCGAGCCGCCCGUCUUCGCCAAGCCGGACAAGGUCGUCGGGGUGGUAGGCGCCGCCGCCAGCUCCGUGUCCAUCAUGGUGGCCAACAUCCUGCGGCUCUUUGGGAUCCCUCAGAUCAGCUAUGCCUCCACGGCCCCAGAGCUGAGUGAUGACGGGCGGUAUGAGUUCUUCUCAAGGGUGGUGCCGCCCGACACCUUCCAGGCUCAGGCCAUGCUGGACGUCGCCAUGGCACUGGGCUGGACCUACGUGUCCACGCUGGCAUCGGAAGGCUCGUAUGGGGAGAGUGGUGUGGAGGCCUUCCUGCAGCUGUCACGCGAGUCAGGUGUGGUGUGCGUGGCCCAGUCCCAGCGGAUCCCUAGGGAGCCUGUGAGGGGGGAGUUUGACAGGCUCGUCUCCCGCCUUCUGGAGACCCCCAGCGCACGUGCAGUCAUCAUGUUCGCUAAUGAGGAUGAUAUCAGGCGUGUCCUGGAAGCUGCAAAGCGCAACAACCUGACGGGUCACUUCCUGUGGCUGGGCUCUGACAGCUGGGGGUCCAAAGUGUCCCCAGUGCUCAACCAGGAGGAUGUAGCUCACGGAGCCAUCACCAUCCUGCCCAAGAGAGCGUCCGUCUCGGCAUUUGACAGGUACUUCAGGAGCCGCUCUUUGUCCAACAACCGGCGGAAUGUUUGGUUUGCUGAAUUCUGGGAGGAAAACUUCGACUGCAAGUUGGGGAUGAAUCCUAAACGGCAGUUUACCGGUACUCUAAAGAAAUGCACAGGGCUGGAGAAAAUCGGCAGGGACUCUACCUAUGAGCAAGAGGGGAAGGUCCAGUUUGUGAUGGACGCGGUGUACGCCAUGGCACACGCCCUCCACAAGAUGCAGCAGGACAUGUGCGCCGGAUACCCAGGCCUGUGCCCACGGAUGAGCACCGUUGAUGGCAAGACACUCCUCGGCUACAUCCGGGCGGUGAACUUCAGCGGAAGUGCUAAGACCCCUGUGGUGUUCAGUGAGAACGGAGACGCUCCUGGACGCUACGACAUCUUCCAGUAUCAGUCAUCCAACACCUCAGACGGAGAAUACAAAGUCAUUGGGCACUGGGUUGACAAACUGCAUUUGGAUAUGGAUGCCCUGCAGUGGUCCAGAGCUGAAGACGACACCGCCAUGCCCUCCUUCGUGCCCUCCUCCGUGUGCAGCGCCCCGUGCCAGGCGGGCGAGCGCAAGAAGGUGGUGAAGGGUGUGCCCUGCUGCUGGCACUGCGAGCGCUGCGGCGGGUUCCAGUACCAGUCCAGCGAGGUGUCGUGCCAGCUGUGCCCGUACGAACAGCGGCCCAACGCCAAUCGCACCGGCUGCACGCCCAUCCCCAUCGUGCAGCUGGACUGGCACUCCCCCUGGGUGGUGAUACCCGUCCUCUUCGCGGUGCUGGGCAUCAUGGCCACCGCCUGCGUGGCGGCGACGUUCGCCCGCUACAACGACACGCCCAUCGUGCGGGCGUCGGGCCGGGAGAUGAGCUACGUGCUGCUGGCGGGCAUCUUCCUGUGCUACGCCAUCACCUUCCCCAUGGUCGCCACGCCCAACAUGGCCGCCUGCUCGCUCCGCCGCGUGCUGCUGGGCCUGGGCAUGAGCCUGAGCUACUCGGCCCUUCUCACCAAGACCAACCGCAUACACCGCAUCUUUGAGCAGGGCAAGCGAUCCGUGGCCCCGCCACGCUUCAUCAGUCCCCCCUCACAGGUGGCCAUCACCUGUAGCCUGACGUCGGUGCAGCUGCUGGGCGUGCUGGCGUGGUUCGUGGCUGACCCUCCGGACGCGGUGGUGGACUAUGGCGAGCAGCGCACCCAGGACCCGGCCAGCGCCCGCGGCACGCUCAAGUGUGACAUCUCCGACCUGGCGCUCAUCUGCUCGCUCAGCUACAGCAUCCUGCUGGUGGUCACGUGCACCGUCUACGCCAUCAAGACGCGCAGCGUGCCCGAGACCUUCAACGAGGCCAAGCCCAUCGGCUUCACCAUGUACACCACCUGCAUCAUCUGGCUGGCCUUCAUCCCCAUCUUCUUUGGCACCGCACAGUCGGAGGAGAAGAUGUACAUCCAGACCACCACCCUGACCAUGUCCCUGAGCCUGAGUGCCUCCGUCUGCCUGGGCCUGCUCUACCUGCCCAAGGUCUACGUCAUCCUGCUGCACCCGGAGCAGAACGUGCCCAAGCACAAGCGCAGCUUCAAGGCCAUCGUCACCGCCGCCACCAUGACCAGCAAGCUCGGCCAGCUGGCCAGCAGCGACCGGCCCAACGGGGAGGCCAAGACGGAGCUGUGUGAACCCAAGCCUGGCAGCCCGCCACCCUCCAAGAACACAUAUGUGAGCUACACCAACCAUGCCAUGUGAGGAUGCCAACCAUGCCAUGUGAUCAUUUCAGCGGAUGCCCGUGGAAUACGACCUGAUUCCAAUGAGGACAGUGCCAACUCACGAGGACAUGUAGAGAGCACAGAGAGGGACAUGGACAGCCCACCCCAUCACCCCCCAACCCUCGCAUUGUACUCAGGCUGAAGAAAGAGAGACCAAUAAAUGCUAAAUUAAUAAUAUGAUAAAUAAUAAAAAAUGAUCCUAUAAUUUUGAAAUUAAGUACGGGGAGAAUUAAUGAUCGUUGUUCAGUUUGGUGUAAAUAUUCAGUGGCUGUCUGUCAUUGUUUCCCUGUUUAUUGUCCAAGUGUCUAACCAGCAUUAUGAAAGUCAUCCCUCAUUACCUAGUCCUAGCCGCAGAGUUUGGACUGUAGCCCUGAAGAAUCUGAGUAUGUAUGCCAAGAGUAAAGCAUGCCGUUUUUUAUACAAAUUGUUUAUUUAUUAAUAAAAGGAAUG